CAAAGCUAGAGUUUCUUUUGAGACAUUUGUUUUCUUUUUUUGUGAGUCUGAGACCUUUUUCUUCUGUAAUAGUACAGUAGGAGAGAUGGCCCUCCACUUGACAUUGGCGUUCGCUUUCGGCCUUUUAGGUAACAUCAUCUCCUUUCUGGUCUGCCUUGCUCCUAUGCCAACUUUUUAUCAAAUUUGCAAGAAGAAAACAAGUGAAGGGUUUCAGUCUCUUCCAUAUGUGAUUGCAUUAUUUAGCGCCAUGCUUUGGCUGUUCUAUGCAAUUUUUGCAAACGAUGCCACCCUUCUCAUCACCAUCAACUCCUUCACAUUUUUUAUGGAAACUGCCUACAUUGCUAUCUACUUUUUCUAUGCCUCCAAGAGGGAUAGGAUUCUCACCACGAAACUUGUCCUCGGGUUCAAUGUUUUUGGGUUCGGCAUCAUAUUUUUGGUAGCUAUGUUCCUAACCCAUGGCGAAGAACGUGUCAAAGUUUUGGGAUGGAUUUGUAUGAUAUUUGCUCUAUGCGUUUUCGUUGCACCUCUUGGGAUUCUGAGAAAAGUUAUAAAGACCAAGAGUGUGGAGUACAUGCCUUUCUCUUUAUCAUUCUUUCUCACCUUGAGUGCAAUCAUGUGGUUCUUCUAUGGUUUUUUAAAGAAAGACCUUUUCGUUGCUAUUCCAAAUAUACUGGGGUUCAUAUUUGGUAUUCUCCAAAUGCUGCUCUAUGUUAUCUAUAGGAACCCCAAGAAAACCUUGGAGAAGCCAACACUUAAUGAAUCAUCUGAACACGUUAUUGAUGUAGCAAAGCUGGGUGCAACUAUUUGCUGCGAGCUUAACACUGCAGUGGCUGGACCCAAUAAUAUUGGCAAUGACCAUGUUGAAGAUAAAUAUGUCAAGGAGCAGUGCAAGCAAAUUAAUCAAGACAAGAAUGUCUCCGACACAGUUUAAGUUUUAACAACCAAAUUAAUGGACAAAGAUUUUUCUUUUUUUUUAGAAAAAUCAAUCCCUGCAGGAGUAUUGUCCAAUAAUACAUAUUGUCUCAGCUUGUCCCUAGUUAAAGAAAGUAACAAAGGCUUGUACUUCUAUGUAAUUUGGUUUCUCUAAUUAAAAAAAUAAGGCACUUCAUGAGAUGAAUACCAAGAUUACAUCACCCUUUUGAGAUAUAUACAUAUAUAUACACUGUUGAUAUACUCCAUGGCAUGCACGUGUAUGCACAGAGAAGGGAAGUAUCUUUUAGAGCUGUUGGAAAAAAAAUAGAAGAAAAUUUUUUUUUAUUA